AUGUAUCCUCGUUUUCUACAGAUGAUCAUGAAUGUUCAGCAUCCCGGUCUUCCAAAAGCCGACGAUGACAUCCUGAAGAUAGAAUCUAUGAUGGAGCAUUCUUUGAGGAUAUUCAAGGGGCUUGCAAUAAAGAGAUACAAAGAAAGCGAGCCGCCUAGGAGGUUAAUCGGUGCUCUUGAUAAACCAGACUACAUCGCUCCAGCAGAUGACAAAUGGCGUCACAAUGACAGCCAAUCUGAUGAUGAAGAGCCGGAGUUAAAGAAAAAGAUGGAAGAAAAAUUUGGUCGAAAAGAUUCUGAUUCUUCUGACAGUGACAGUGAUGGUGAUGAUGAAGCUGGUAAUGGUGGUGAUACAGGUGCUGUUGGUGCAUCUGGUGCUGGUGUAUCGUCUGCUAGUGUAGCUGGUGGUACAUCAACUGGUAAUGAUGAGGAGGAUACUGAAUCAGAUGACAAUCCACCUGAGCCUGGGUACGAAGUUUAUUUUGAUGAACGUGGUGUGAAAAGGAUCAGGAGGAUUAGGCGAGAGGAUGACAACGCUGAAUACGUUCCUUCGGAUAUCGAAGUUGAACGCUUGAAGAAGAAACAAACGGUUGUUCGUCGAAAGAAGAAAGCAAAAAGGAACAUUGGUUCUUCGUCUGUGCAACAAUCCAUUCCACAACAAGAACCUACAAAAGAAGCGGAGAUGGAUCCAAACCUUGGAUUCACGGCCGCUGAAGUUGCUGAUAUGUUGUCGUCUCCUCCAAGAUCCUCCGAACCAGCUCCUGUAGUGACUUCAGCUCCUGAAACUCCUACAGUGACUCCUCAAGAUCCAACUCCUUCAAUUGCAUCGACCAUUCGUGUGACAACCCGAGUUUCCAAGGUCUUUACUUGA